AAUAGUCUUCACAGCCUCCUCACUCUGGACACGCUGCCCUCUCUGGAGGAAGUGUGGGUCAAGGAGGAGGGCCAGACGUCCCCGCGGGAACAAGGAACCACUGCUGCAGGUGACGCGGGCGUAGACGCCGCUGCUGCCUCCACCGCCCCCAGCACGCCCUUCCUGCCCCUGGACCUCCCGCUGCCCUCCGUCAACCUCGAGUGGCGAUCGCAGAGCCACCUGGGGACCGCCGGAGCCACCAACAUCUCUGCGCCGAUGAGGCCUCUGCCCUACGCGCCGGACAGGAGGAACGACUCUGGCCAGGACCUGACAGCCAACCCCCCUGCUCCCCCCCUCGACACCCCGCCCCCAGGGACGCCCCCUAGGAAGGACCCUCCCGCGCUCGACGCCCGAGAGGGGUCAGUGGAAGCCAGCCCUGUCUCGGCGCCCAAGUCGGGUGAAGCCUCGACGUCGCGCGUGUCUUCUCCUUCGUCCUCUUCGCCUUCGUCUUCGCCGUCCGUCAGCUCCAGUUCGUACACUUCGUCCUCUUCCUCGUCGGCGUUCCUUCCGCCGCCGUCGUCGCCGCUGUUUCCGAAUCCGGCGUCGACGCUGCUGAAGCUCCUGUCGUCGUCGGUGUUUCCCCCGUCGCCUCUGCCCUACCCCUCCCCGCUCUACUCCGGCCUCCUCCCCCAGCCGGUCUUGCCUGACCAAGCCCACGCGCUCGGGGCGCUCGAGAUCAAGAGGAAACUGGAGGCCGACCUUGAAGAGUCGCUGCGGCUCGUCAGGAAUAUGAUCUACAAGUGCUCCCCCGCCUCCUGCGAGAGCACGGGCCUCCCAAGCGGCGAAGGAGACUCCGAAGGGAAAUCGCUGCCCGAGGUCCCCGUCGACGGGUCCUCCUCGGCGACCAAACGCCAGGACGCCUUCGAUGACAAGUCUUUAAUCAGUUCAUACGAGAGAGUUUUCAGUCUGCUGGAAGGCAAGGCAUUUCCCGGCAUAGAGAACCAUGCUGGUGAAGGCGUUCCGCGGUGGUCUACUUCUGACGGCGCUCUUGAUCUCUCGAAGGACUUUCAGCGCUUAAACGAAUGUCUUAUGGAUAGCAGCUUUGGACCGAGAACUAAGAAUAAGCGCUCAAAGGACCAGGGAUCUCAAAGGAAGCGAUUAAAAGGCGGCAGUGAAGGGAAUGAGAGGAAAAGACAGAAACACACUGCAAAGAAAAAUGAACAUCAGCCACUGUCUUCAACUAAAACUGAUACAGACAAAGCUGCCCCUGGUUUCACAUCAUCUGACGUUCGUACUGGUAACACACAGCAGGAAUUCGGCAGCACUAACAAGAAAGACCCUCGCGACUCUGCCAGACAUAGACAAAAAUCCAAACGCAGUUCGGGUACGAGACGAGACCACAAACACUCAAGCAAACAUAAAGCAAGUGCCGUGAAGGCGAGAAUUCCCGAUGACACAUCUCAGAAAAAAUCACGGAAGGACAAGCAAAGAUGGACAAAAACGAAACAGUUAAAGACUCUGGAAUCUUGUCGUUGCUGCCAAGAUUCCACUACCAGUUCCGGCACCUCAACACCUCCACAGACGCACGAGGAAGAGCGCACAAGACUACACGAGACGAAACCAGGCAGCUUCAUCCUACCGAAGAAGUGCCUGAAGGAGACUUCCAGUAUUUCUUCACUCCACGCAGACAAAAGCGCCAAAUCCUGUGCAAGUAAAUUCUUAACCAAACCAACUGGAGUACCCGAAAACGCACCGACGCAGCUGCCACGCCUCCAAAACAACCGCAGCGACAGUUCUGCAGCACAGAAGACCCAGGUAGUCUGCAAGGAAGAAGACAGCAGUCCCACGGGGGAGGGCGAGAGGGACCAGAAGCCCCACUUGUCUGGAGAUGGCGAUUCUGACAGGCCGUCUUGGAGAUUCCAUGACCUGCUCUCUAGCGACUCUGACAGCGAUUCUGAAGCCGGCCACCUCAUGAUUGAUACUGACAACUGACAUGUGGAGGAUUAUCAAUUAGUGUUCAUUACACGUGACUGUGAAAAAUGAGUAAUGAAUACGUAACUGGCCGUUGACAAAAGUGUAAAAUAUAAUAUGUAAUGAAACUAGUUACCAGAUGUAAACAAGAAUGUGAAUAUGAACCACGACGAUACGUUCCAUUGCC